ACACCGAGUUUGUUUCUAUUCAAUGACAUAUUUUGUGUUGCCUGCUGUCGAUCUGAAGUACUCUUCCUUGCCAUUUGCCAGUUUCAGAGGUGUCCGCAGCGGAUUUUCUAGACCAAAAACGGAGAGAUAACGUAGUCGUGACGCUCUUGAGUUAUGCUGCCGCUGAAACUUGGAAGAGCUUGGCGUGGAGAUCGCUAUCUGCUGGUUCGAAAAAGCGGGUCGCGUUUGCAUCGUACCGAAAAUACCUGGAAGACGAUGUUAUGUCUAGACCUAAUAAAAAGGCCAGCUUCGAUAGCUAGCAAGAAGACAUUCAUUCGACGGUUGAGUUUCAACUCGGUCGAGCGUGCUCAGACCGCGCUGAAUGGGAAUUUGUUCACUGAAUCUCAGCAUAACCUUUUGAACAAGGAAAUCGACUUUUUGAGAAAGUUUGGCACACAAUUGGAGUCGAUGAAAGCCUCUCCAGGUGAUUUGGCGGAGUUGAAGAAGUCAAUCGAAUGUUUGAGAGACAUGUUUUUGCUGGUAGUGGUAGGGGAAUUCAAUAGCGGAAAGACUUCAUUUUUGAACGCCCUUCUAGGCCGUUCUUUGCUUCCAGAAGGUGUGACGCCGACAACUUCUCAAGUCAACAUCCUCCGCUUCGGGAGCCAAGUCUCUAGACGUGAUGAUGCGUCUGUAUCCGGCCUUGCUAGCCAAAACGCGCACGUGGAGAUUUAUUUGCCCGUUCCGUGGCUGAAGUAUUUUUCGUUGGUGGACACGCCCGGAACGAACGCUGUCAUCAAAUUGCACCAAGAGAUCACUGAGCACUUUGUGCCGCGUUCUGAUAUGGUGCUGUUCGUUACGAGUGUCGACCGAGCAUUUACAGAGAGCGAGCGAGCAUUUUUAGAGAAAAUUCGGGAAUACAACAAAAAACUGGUGGUAAUUUUGAGUAAAAUUGACAUAUUGCUAGACUUUGACAAAGAACUGAAACAGAUCUGUGAUUUUGUGACAGAUCAGAUAAAGCAUUCCUUUGGCAUCACUCCAAGAGUUUUUCCGAUAUCGAGCCGUUUGGCGCUCCGAGCAAAGUCGCUCUUGCCGGAUAAUUUAUCAUGGGAGGAGCAAGAGGCGUGGCUGAACAAAAAUGAGGAGUGGAGACGUUCCAGGUUUGGUGAUAUAGAAACAUAUAUCUUGACGACGCUGGAUGCAAACGAACGGGGAAAACUGAAGCUAGAAAACCCACUCGGAAUGGUCAAACAUUUUAUCGCUAAAUACGAAUUAGAAAUAAAUAUACGAAUGCAAUUCGCUCAAGAAGAUUUGCGGACACUUGAAAAAAUCGACCAGGAACUGGACGCGUUUGUAAACGACAUCAUGAAGGAAUACGCUCAUUAUGAGUAUCAAGUCGACAAGGUCUUUUUAGACAUGUUAGACAGAGCCAAAAAAUUUUUCAACCAUAAACUGGUUUUGACAAACGCCUGGAACUUGACCAAUUCCGACCAACUGAAGGCAGAAUUUGAACACUCAGUCGUUUCAGAUCCCGUCGCUCAAAUUCAAAAAUACAUUUACGAAAUGGUCGAUUGGAUAAUCGAGAGACAAGCCAAACAGUGGGAAAUAAUCAUCCAAUAUAUUAUGGCGCGGCAACAGUUCAGUCGGCCCCCGUCAACCGGCACGCCCCUCUCCAUGCUCGGCUCGAUUGGAGAAGUGUACCAACAACACAGAAGUCAGCUGAUUGCGGAUUUUAGCGAGCGCACAAAAACGAUCAUAAACAGCUUCGACAAAAAUUCAGAAGCUACUCGCAUCAGUUCCGAAAUAAAGCUGGCCGUCUAUCGGACUUUGGCAUUUGAAAUCGGGGUGCUCGGAUUGGGUACUUGGCUAACCGCUUCUUUGAUGGACGUGACAGGAAUGCUAGGCAUCGGAUUUCUCGCGGCUGCGGGCACUGUCUUACUGCCCUACAAGAAACGACAACUGAGCAACCAAUUCUCCAGCCAAAUCCUUAAAGUUCAGACUAAACUGAAAGUCACGCUCAAAAAACAAUUUGAAAGUGAGUUGUAUCAAAGAAAAGGCCAAAUACUCGACAACCUAAGUCCUUAUAGAAAAUUCGUUCACGACGAACUCGCCGGAGUCGAACUCGCAAAAAGUAACCUCGGUGCUUCAAAAAAAGAGCUAAUACAUCUAGAGAAACAAAUUCAAGCCGAGUUUUCAAAUUAAAUUUGUCGUUUUUUUUUAACUCGAUAUUGUGCAAGUCUAUUUUUGUGCACUUUGACCAUGCAUUCAGAACCACAUACUCUUUAUAUACAAAAAUUCGCUGUCGCGCGUGCGCUACCCCCUCGGAGCCGGAAACAAAAAAGCAUUUUUCUCUGGCGCCAAAAUAGGGAUGUCAUAGAAAAAGGGCUUAGCAUCGUCUGCCAGAAAAGCGCAACCGGGCUCCAUUUCACAGUCUUCGGCUUCCUCGUCGACAAAACCUGACAGAGGAGAGACAUCUGUCAAGACAUGCGGUCAAUGAUGCAGUCAAUAGCCCGUUGCUCUAUACAUGCGUAGAACAAAGAUCCAUUUUCUGCGUACCCAUCGAUGAUUCUUGUUCGGCCUCCAUGCAAUGGAAAGCAGCCUCUUGUGUGUAUAGACAAGAAUAACUUGCGAGCGUAUAUUCUUCUUCUGCAAGACAGACAAACUGAAAGAAACUCUGCUUUGAAAGAAUUAUAAAAAUUGUACCGUAACGAAUAGAUGUAGGCCACCUUCGAUUGCCACGUACACUUCCCACCCACGUGCAAUUUGUACACGGCC